UGCUUGUUUCAUGGUCGGGAGUAACAGUGCAAUUUAUUACUCGUGCUUUCUGUGUUAUUUCCAAAAUAAAGCCCACCACUAAUCCAUUGAAGACCCUAUAUUUUUGUUAUCUCGCCGUAGACUAUCCGUCAACAAACUGUACUUUGGCUGGUUGGGUAGCUAGAUCUACAAGAAGCUGCUGAGGUAGAGUCUGAAUCGGAAGCUGAUCAAGGUAUUCAAACAAUGACGUCGACUUCGUCUCCUCGUCGACUAUGGAAAUACGAUGUGUUUCUAAGCUUCAGGGGAGAAGAUACCCGUAGGAUGUUCGUCGGCCAUCUGUAUCAGGCAUUGAAACAUAAAGGAAUUGACACUUUUAUAGAUUCCGAGGAUCUGUCGAAAGGAAAUUCCAUUGGCGAGCUGUUAACAGCAAUUGAGGAGUCAAGAAUUGCCAUUGUCGUUCUUUCAGAGAAUUUCGUUACUUCGUCGUGGUGCUUGGAUGAAGUCGUGAAGAUAAUGCAAUGCAAGAAAGAGAUGGGACAAAUAGUCAUUCCGCUCUUCUACGAAGUGGAUCCUUCUGAUGUGCGGCACCAAAGGGGAAGUUUUCGGCUCCGCAGGAAAGUGGAAGUGGAAGUAAUGGAACACGAAGAAGUAUAUGGGGAGAAUGAGCAUAAGUUGAAGGAGUGGGCAGCUGCUUUGACAGAGCUGGCCAAUCUUUCUGGCUGGGAUUCCGCGAAAUCCAGACACGAUAUAGAAUUGAUUAAGUCCAUUGUUGAUGAUGGAUCUCAAAAGUUAAAUUAUUUAGCCUCUUCAAGUGUUGACAAGGGUUUCGUAGGAAUGGAUUCCCGCAUUGGUGAUUUGUUGCACAAUUAUAUUUGUCCACAGUUUGGUGGUGUUCGUAUUAUAGGGAUCCAUGGCAUGCGAGGAAUAGGCAAGACAACACUUGCUGUAGCUGUUUUUGAUGAAAUCCGUCAGAAUUUUGACCGAAGCUGCUUUCUUUCUGAUGUUAGAGAAAGGUCCAAAACGGAUGGCCUAGUUUCUCUACAAAAAAAACUUCUUUUCAGUAUCCUGGAGGCAAAAAUUGACAUACAGAAUGAAUAUGCAGGAGCUACAAUGAUCAAAAGGCGGUUAUGUAAAAUAAAGGUGCUUGUUGUUAUUGAUGAUGUGGAUCACCUCAAUCAAUUAGAGAAAUUGGCUGGAAGUCGUGACUGGUUUGGUCCAGGGAGUAGAAUUGUUGUAACCACCCCAGAUAUUCAUUUGCUAAAGACACAUGAUGUUGAUGCUACAUACAAGGCUACUGGGUUAAAUGGUGGUGAAGCUAUUCAUUUAUUGAGUUUAAAGGCUUUCAAGAAAAACGUCCCACCAGAAGAUCAUUUGGAGUUGUGCAACAUCAUUUUAGGGUAUGCUCAAGGGCUUCCAUUGGCUGUUGUGGUUUUAGGUUCUUUUCUAUGUGGUAGAAGCAUUAGGGAAUGGGAAAGUGCAAUAGAUAGGCUAAAUAAUACACCACAUCCAGAAAUUAUCGAUGUGCUUCAGAUUAGUUUUGAUGGACUACAGGAAAAAGGCAAGGAUAUAUUCCUACAUAUAGCUUGCUUUUACAAGGGUUGGGAUAGGGAUCGUGUGACACAAAUACUAGACUAUUGCGAGCUAGAACCUGACAUUGGUUUAAGUGUUCUUGCUGAUAGAUCUCUCAUAACCAUCUCCAACAACAAACUGUCAAUGCAUGAUUUGCUACAAGAACUGGGCUGGAAAAUAGUUCGUCGACAGUCUCCUACAGAGCCAGGCAAACGUAGUAGAUUAUGGUCUCAUAAAGAGAUCCACAGUGUGUUAAACAAUGGAACAGGCGCAAUCCAAGCCAUGGUAAUGGACUUGCCUGAGUUAGAAGUGGCUCAUUGGAGACCAGAAGCCUUUUCAAAUUUGUCUCAACUCAGUCUUCUCCAUAUUCGUAAUGUGCAUCUUCCCAAAGGCCUCACUUUUCUUUCUAAUUCCUUGAGACUCAUUGAAUGGAGCAGGUAUCCCUUAAGAUCCCUCCCACAAAAUUUUGAACCAGACGAACUUAUUGAACUUAACUUGUGCCACAGCAACAUUGAACACCUCUGGAAAGGAGCAAAGAAUUAUGACAAAUUAAAGUUCAUCAGACUUUGCCAUUCUCAAAAAAUUGUCCAGACCCCAGACCUCACAGGCGUUCAAAAUCUUGAGACUUUAGAUCUUGAAGGAUGUAAGACUUUGGGAAAACUUCAUCAAUCCCUCGGACAACUCAAAAGGCUUAUUGUGUUGAAUCUUAAAGAUUGUGAGAGUCUCGAGAAUCUGCCAAGUAAGAUUGAAAUGGAAUCUCUCGAAACUUUAAUUCUUUCUAACUGCUCAAAAGUUAAGAAGAUUCCCGAGUUUGCUGGAAAUAUGGAGCGUUUAUCGAAGCUUUAUCUCAAUGAGACUGCCAUUGAAAAACUACCUGUGUCAAUUGGACGCCUGAGUGGCCUUGCUUCGCUGGAUCUAAGCAACUGCAAAAAUCUUAUUUCCCUUCCAAGCACCUUUAGUAGAUUGGAGUCUCUUGAAAAGCUUAAUCUUUCUGGAUGUUUGAAACUUGGUGAACAGGAUAGUGCGAGGGAGAAUGGUGCAAUUAGAACUGCUGUAAAUCAUCUUAUGAAACGUGGUUGUGAAGUUGUUGGGAAAUAUUUGUCAUGGUCCUUGUCUUCUAGAUUGGUGCAAAGAGCAGAUAUAGAACCAAUGAGUAUGCAGUUGCCUGCAUCUGAUCUCUGUUAUUCUACGGAGCAAAAUGCAAAUACAUCAAUGAGUAUCCAGUUGCUACUAUCUCGUCUUUGUAAUUUAACAGAUCUAAAUAUAAGUAACUGCAAUCUUGGUGAUGAAGCAUAUGCCAACUUUGGCUGUUUUCCCUCCUUAGUGGCACUGAAUCUGAGUGGAAAUAAUUUUGUUAAGCUUCCUCCAAGCAUCAGAUCCUGUUUUAAGCUUCAGAACAUUAACUUGGAGAAUUGCAAGACACUUCAAGAGUUGUCAGGCCUUCCAUCAAAUAGUAAAUUGGACGUGAGGGCAGGUGGUUGUUCUUCACUGGAAAUGCUGUUUGAUGUAUCCAAUUUUAAGAGAUUGGAGAAAUCAUAUUUCAAUUUCAUCAAUUGCUUCAAACUAAAUGACAAUGCUCCACUAACAUAGCAUUUGAAAUGCUGAGGAUAUUCCUUAAUCAGAGAAUUUCUAAUACGACGGAAACUUUUCAAAUUGUAAUUCCUGGAAGUAGAAUUCCUGAGUGGUUCGAUCAUCGAAGUUUUGAGAGUUCAUUAAUUGUAGACCUACUUCCAGGUUGGAAUAAGAGUACGUUUUUGGGAUUUGUUUUGUGUGCUGGCUUUGUACUCCAUGAGCACUGUCAGGUUGAUAAGCUUGAUUUCCAUCAGUUCAAGACUUUUAACGCUACUCAUCAUCUUGUAUGUUGCCUGAAGCUGAAUGGAAGAGAAUUAGAAGUAUACGGCAAACAGCCUGCAUUUCGCUUUAGCAAACAACUUUGCCAAGUUGAUUCAGAUCACCUUUGGAUAUUCUAUGUGUCCCGUGAUAAAUACUUUGGUACAGAUUGGUGGCAUAACAGUUGGAGUCAGCUUGAGUUCCUAGUUCAAACCAGAGGGCCAGGUCUGAAGGUGAAGGAGUGCGGGGUGCGUCUGAUAUAUGAGCAAGAUGUGCAAGAGUUGAACCAAAAAAUGAUUCAAUCUAUUAGUAGGAUGUCUCCAUGUGAGGAUAUAUUGAUUGAUUUUGAGAAUCGAGUCGAAGGGGAAACCAGUGGUACAGGUAGCAGAACCUGCAACCUUGAAGAACUGUAGGAUUGACAGAAAUAUAGGGAUUCAUUACUGGCCACUUUGAAAAGCCAAAAUUAAGGACUUUUUGAUCCCAUGGUUGGAUAUGAGUGCAGAAUGGUCAGUGGUCUCUCUUCGCUCAUUGAACUGCUGCAGUAAUUACUAUCUGGAGCUCUCUUGCCUCAUUUUUCACAGAUAGAUUGUAUGACAGUAAUGUGGCUUCCCUUGAAGAUGAUGGCCAGGCGUUCUAUAUUGUAAACCGAUAAAGGUGAUGCUCAAUGUGUUGUAUUGUUCUGUACCGGUUUUCUUAAUUUACUGUCAUGCAUUGUUGCUCUCGAGUACAAAGUUGAUGCUCAAUGUAUAUGAUGAAGAUAUUGUUAUGAGAAAAUCUGAAGGACACCCCAAGCAAGGUGUAAGACUGUCGUUUACAUUUCUUGAAACUACAGAGCUAUCAUGAUGCUGUCAUGGGAAGAACACACCCCCCUUGGAGGAUCCCUAAAAUUGUUCAAGACAUUAGACACCUUGCUUCUAGAUUUACCACAAUAUCCUUUAGACAUUUAUCGAGAGGCAAAUUUUGUCGCCGACUCUAUUGCUCACCUUGGGCACUCCUCUAUUGAUGGGCUUUUCUGGACGGACACUGUCCCCAGGAGUGCGUCUAAUGCCCUUCCGUGUAAUGUUGUAAACUUUGGUUGCCGAAGAGACUUCCGUAUUUAAUAUAAUAUUUUCGUAUAAAAAUAAAAA